AUGUUACUAACAGAUCUGGACCUCGAACACAGAGUCGCCACCAAACUGACGGAAACGCUCGAAAGUGCACACAUCACCAUCACAGCAGAGAGAGACCUGACAAAGAGUUACAAGAACACAGUUGAAGAGUUCAAUCAAACAAUCAACAGCUUACAAGACAAUUACACUGAUCUAAUGAUUAAAAAUGACCAACUGCAGAACAACUUCAACUCUUUGAGUCAGAAGAAACUGGAGUUAGAAAGCAGAGUUGAUCAACUGAACUCUGAACAAGGAGAUCUGUGGGGUCCAGAUGACAUGUUCGUAUCUAAUGAGGAGAAGAGCUGGUCGGACAGCAGGCAGUACUGCAGGGAUCGUGGUGCUGAUCUGGUCAUUAUCAACACUGAAGAGAAGCAGAGACACAUAUCUUCAUUGGUCAAGGAGAGAGUGUGGAUUGGUUUGUCUGACGGACAGCAGGAGGGCAAAAUGAAAUGGGUGAAUUCACCGCUGAAACGAGGGUUUUGGCUCAAAGGUGAGCCGAAUGACUCAGGUGGAAAUGAAGACUGUAUUGAACUGAUGCCUUCAAAUCCGGUCCUGAACAACUGGAAUGAUCACUCAUGCUCAGUAAAGAAAAAAGCGAUUUGUGAGAAAUAGGGUUCAUCCAUCUAUAAUUAUGUAUAACAUAAUCAUUAUUAUUGUGAAUGCAUGACUUCUGAUUUCAAGUCCCUGCCUUUUAAAUCCCUGUCAGCUGAUACAAGCUUUUUAGAAGGAAAAUGUGAAAUUGUCAUUAUUUUCUUAUUGCUAUAUUGUUUCUCAUGGCAUGAAUGACUCUGAUCUUAAGUGUCCUGAUUCCUCCUGUUAUUAUCAUUUUGAGAGUCUAUGAAACUGCUUUUGAGUUGUAUCGCUUUCUCUUUGAAUAAAUUGUUCAAUUACCAUUAUCAUCAUAGUAAACUUGUCAUUUUUGUUUUCAUUACAUACAUCAUUCUUUGGGUGCUUCUCAAUACCUCAUUUCCUCACUCUGUCCUCGAGCGAAAGCUACAGGCAGGUGAGUUUUUAUCAGGGUUGGAGCAAAACUCUGCAGGACUGUGGCUCUCCAGGACUGAUGUUUGCCAUCCUUGAAAUAGAUCAUAAAAAAGAUGGAUGACGUGUCUCUACGUCCUUCCACUAUAGAAACGGGAAGCCAAA